CAACCUGUUUCCAGUCACUGUGCACGGGACGCGACACGCGAGUCACUCGAACCGGGCCCCUAGUAGAGAGGCCGGAACGCGGCGGCGCCGCCCGAGAUGGAGACGGACGCGCCGGCGGCAGGGAGGGAGGCGAAGGAGUCACCGGACCUGGCGCCCCGGGUGCCACAGAUCCUGGGCGCCGGCCUCGACCGCCACACCCAGUCGCUGCCCAUGCCGCGACCGCAGCGCCACCCCCGGGUCCGGGACCCUCGUCCGGGACCGCUCCCCCGCCGCUCAUCCGACCGCCGCCGCUACGCGCAUGGUCCCAAAAUCCACCGCGCGCCCGACCCCGGCAACCGUCUCGCUAUUCCGCUCCGGCCUUCGCCCAUUCUAAUAUAAGGUGUUUUUCCUUGAGGGCAACAAUGUCAGAAGAUAGUGUUUCAAGGAUGAGAUUUUGAAUAGUUAUUGCCUAUGCUAAGGGGGACAUCAGUCAUCAACAAUCUUCAGUGGUUCCGAAGCUAGUAACUUUAUUCCUCCUUGGAGUUAUUUUUGUUAACAUGAUUCUUGACUAUGGUGGGAGGCACAAAUGUCAUAAUGAUUUGGAUAGGUUGAUCUAGGGUAACGAGGGGCCAUAAGAGAGUGUUGUUACAAUGCCUUAGUUUACAACUCAAUUGCAACUUGCAACUGUAAAUGUGCCAUACUAUGUCUUAAACUGUAAACCAUUCCACUUAGCUUCUAAUUUAGUUUUGUGUUUGUAGUUGUGCUCCAUGAUCAUCCCUAUUAGACCCGAAAGAUAUAGUGUAGAUCUACAGUUAAUUAGGGCUUUUAUACCAAUUUUCUCACUGCAUUCUUCUCAUAAAUAAAUGAUUACACAAAAAUUUCCUAUCAUUUAGUUCUUUUUCUACCGCAAUGGGAUCAUACCACUUGCCGCUUGGUAUCAAAUGUGAAAAUGGAAAACCUUUUUAACUAAUGUGCAAAUAGCAUAGGCAUCAUAUGGUUAUGAGCAGCUAUUUCUCUCUUCAGGUACAAGUUUCCUUUGUUUAAAGGUAGUUAUUGUUUUGCUUGGAAAUGAUAAUCCUCCUUAGGUAGCAUCAAAUUGAAUCCUCUGUGUUCUCUUUGUUCUAUUUUUUUUUUCUUUUUGUUGCAGCUACAUUAUGUACUGUUCUUCUGUUUGUCUCCAACAAUACAUGCGUGUUCAUGCGCUGAAAGUUGUCAUGACUUAUUGUAAGCUUGAGCAAACUUUACAUAUUCUUGCAUCCUUCUCAAUUUUAUGCACCUUGGUGACAUUCAAUUGUUUACUGAACUCUUCAUAUCUUUAAUUGAUCAAUACUUGCUUCAUUGGGACCAUUUUAUUUUUGUCAUGUGCAGCUCGACUUGAGCCUAAAUUAUUAUGCAUUCACUCAUAUGAACUCAGUCCUGGACUAGAAAGCCGCUAGCUACCUUUGCAUUUUUGUUUUUGAGUAACAUUUCUGUAUUUAUGUACCUACACACCAAUAAACCGUUUCCCUUCAUUGUUAUCAUAGUUUUCCUUGUGUGGAUGAAUCCUGAACCACAAAUUGCUCCUUAAGCUUCGCUUGUGGAUUUAUAGACCGGCUGUUUGCUGAAAUGGCUACAUACAAAUCCUUUUAUUGAGGGAUAGUUGGAACCUUGGUGAUCUGCUUGUUUUGCUGCAGAGAGUGAUCACGGAGCACUACACAAAGAGCAAGUAAACAUAUUAAGAUAGUGGACAAAGACUCCUGAUGAUAUCAAGGAAAUACCAAGUAGAUCAUGUGCAUCUUUGACAAGUAUAAGACCAGAGGUUGCUUCAGCGAAUGGAUUUUCAUAUAAACCCAAUUCCUAAUAAGAAGAUCGGAAACCUGAAAGCCAAUGUUCUACUGGCUUAGCCAAGCAAAGUGUAGGUGAAGGUCAUCAUGUGGCACUUGAUUAUCAGAACAUGCGAGGGAACAAGGAAGUCAUGAAUGGUGUAAAGAAAGGACAUCACCAAAGAACAGAAACCGGUAGAACAAGGAUUAUUGCCUCUGGAUUCGAGGGGUCUGAAUACAAUUGCAACAUGGACCAAGAUCAUAAAGACAAAGAAGUGAAACGAACAAGAAAAAUAGGGCCAACAAAGGAUGAACUGCAUGAAGUUGUUCACGAUGUUGGUGAUAGUGAUGAGAAUGGACUCGGCUUAUAUGGUGAUACUGAAGAUGUAAAUAGAUCUCCUACCGAGGGAGAAGGCCAUUGUGCGGAUAUUUUACAACCAAUGGACGUAACUCGUGACAAAGAUAUGUGUUAUGAACGAGAGUCCAAACAUUGUCUAAUUGGUCCUCCGCUGAACUUGGUGGUUCCACAUAUACCACCACCCGGUCAACCUGAUCGAUUAAAAGUGAUCAAGGUCUCAAAUGUUGUGGGGAUUGAUCCUGAAACAUACAUGGAAGAGGAUGACUUCAUUACUGAUGAAUCAAACGGCAAGAAAAGUGUGCAUGAGAAUGUUAUCCAUUGCAGAAUGACCAAGAAUGUUGAUGGCACUAAAUCUCUUGAAAGCAAUGCACGUUUUGUCCAGUGGAAAGAUGGAAGCAUGCAACUACUGAUUGGCGAUGUGGCUCUUGAUGUAUCUGUAGAAGAGUCAACUCAGCAUACCCACUUGUUUAGGAAGAAUGGAAAGGGGCUUCUACAGUCACAAGGAAGGCUUUUACAGAAGAUGAGAAUUAUGCCGCCCGGGUCAUCUUCAAGUUCUCAUAGCUCAUUAACAGCUCCUGUUGAUUCUCAGAAUAAGAAAACAAUUGAGGUUCAAACAUGGUAUGAUAAAAAAGAUCCUGAGAGAAUGAAGCAAGAAAGGGAAAGGGAUGAAUCAGCUAGCUCGUGGUAUAAUCCUCAUGGAAGGGUGGUACACACUGGUUUUGAGCAUGACAUGGAGUUUGAAGCACUGGCUCAAGGACGUAUAAUCAAUGCAAAGGUCCAUGAGUAUUCUGACAGUGAAAGCGAGGAAUUAGAGUAUGAAACAGAAUUCGAGGAUAUCGAGAGCUCACCAACAUAUGAAAGAGAAAAUGAACUGGAUGAAAAUAAUGUAUAUGAUAAAGACCUAGGUGUUUCUUCUCUGCCAAACGAAGAGAUUGAGGGACAAGAGCAUAAGAGGGGACCAAUGAAGGGCAAGGUGGUCAGCUUCGGUGAGGAAUAUCCACCAAAGAAACGAUUUCUUAAUCGUUGGAGACGCAGUUGUUAUUGACAGCGAUGAUGAGUGAGAACUGAGAACCGCCAGCACCAAACAGAACAGUCAAAGUGCUACUGAAUUCUGCAUGCGGAUUGUCUGAUAACUUCUCCGUUUCUUAAACGGAUUUGCACAAUAAGAGCGGGACAUGCGUAUGAAUAAUGUGGUGCUUUACUUUGUUCACCAUUUUCAGAGAUACCGUCAUAAAACUGCCGUUUUAUAACAUGUUAGUAGAUCAUUUGUGUUGUUUGUGUCAUGAUGAAUUUUUUUUCUCUUUUUUCCAUGUCGUUGAGACGAAAACAAGAGGAAAUUUUCUUUUUCCAUGCCAAAAUCCUUUCUGAGAUGAAAAAUGCCACAGAUUGGUAAGAUUUCCUGUAAA